AUUUGCCCUGAACGCAAGUGACGGCGCUAUGACAGAUGGAGGGCUUAGCUUUGGUGCUGCCACUGAAGGUUAUGAGGAGGAUCCACAGGCAAAGCUUUGCAAUGAAGUUUGCGUGGAGGUCUUCAGCGUGCUGCAGAAGAUGCGAAACUCUGUGGUCUCAGCUGAGAAGGGCCAAUAUAUCUUUGAAAUAGGUGCUGGCACUGGCGGCACAACCUCUUUCGUACUUCCAACCCUCAACCCACACAGCACGAGGUAUGUGUUCACAGACCUCUCUCAAGCGUUUCUUACGAACGCAAGACAACGUUUCAGUAGGUUUCCUUUCAUCGAGUAUGCUAUUUUCAAUGGAGACAAACAUCCGGGUGAUCAGGGCUUCAAUAGCCACGAGAUGACUGCGAUCCUGGCCACCAAUGUGAUCCAUGCAACUAUGCAUUUGGCUUCCACCAUGGCCACAAUCCAUGUCCUUUUGCAGCCGGGUGGCCACAUAGUCUUCAAUGAAGUGCAAAAUCCUGGAACCCUUCCAGAGGACUUGACCUAUGGUCUGACUGAUGGAUGGUGGAUGCUUACAGAUUGCGAAAGGCGCGUCACAUAUCCUUUGCUGCGCGUUGCAGAGUGGUGCACCCUUUUCACACAGUGCGGCUUCAAGAAUGUGUGGCACACGCCGGACCAGGGUGAGAUUUUUAGUCAACAAGCCAUCUUGGUGGCGCAGUGCGGAACGCUGGUACAGCCCACUUACUUGGGCGUAGAUCCGAUGCCAAGAGCAGACCCGAACGCGUCUUACCUCAUCACUGGAGCAGUUGGAGGUUUAGGUCUCAUUGCGGCGAUCAUCCUCAUGGAACGAGGGGCUAGGCAUCUCUUCUUCGUCUCAAGAAGAGACAAGGUCCCGGAAGAAGCCAAACAAUUCUAUGAGCGAAUUGCAAGUUCAAGUGCUGCCAUCCGCAGAGAAAAAUGCAACGCUGCAGACCCCAAGCAAAUUGAGCGUCUCUUUGAAGAGACUCCAGAAUGGCCUGCGUGUGCAGGUGUUGUUCAUGCUGCCGGGGUUCUCUCCGACGGGACCAUCACCAAGCAGAAUCGAAGAAAAUAUGAAGAGGUCUUUGGCCCCAAAGUCCAUGGUGCAUACUACUUGCAUCGCAGUAGGGGAUGUGGACUGCAAAAGCUACAGGUGAACUUUGUCAUGUCCUCUGGCGCUGGCUUCCUGGGCUCACCCGGGCAGAUGGAAAGCAAAACAAUUUGGGAAAGAAAUCUUCAAGGUCGAACAGCCCAAACUUCAGGACGUGGCAAACAAGACCUUGGCGUCAACACUCGGAAACAAUGAGAUCUACUGAGUGGAUGAAGGUCGAACCUUCCACAACUCGUCGAACCCUCAAGACAACAGGGGUAUCACUGAUACCUUAGCACACGGCCUAUGUCGACAUAAGGCAACCUGCACAGCAGUCGAUGCGUAUCAGUUUUCGCUGAAGAAAUCCGUUGGUUUGCGAAAACUGAACUACCUCUGUGUUGGUGUAGCGGACAUGCACGUGUC